UACUCGAAUGAUUCACUGACGGGACUUUGCUCUUAACUCACAAAGACAUUAGGAUUACAGCAUGUCACGAUUAAAAAAUUAAUGCGUAUGUACAUCUUAUAUUCUCAAACAUAAUGUUGGAACAGGUUCACGCUAUAAUGGCUCAUACAUUCUACGUUCGGAAUCCUUAUCCUGUACCGGAUAUCUCCCGGGAAGGAGCAUGGAUAUCACGUGGGCCUGUGUUGGGAGAUAAAGUCUCGCCAUUGGAUAAAAAUUGGAACGUCAAAUUGGGCGCUCACGAGCGUCUCUUCGCUCAUCACACUCUAAACAGCAUUCGCAGGGAUCGCCGACUCGUCAGACCGCAGGUUCCACAUGACGCCCUCGAUCUAGCGUUAAACAGCGUUUAUGCUCACAGUCGAGACACUCUAGUUUCGAAGAUGUACGUGCCCAUCCAGCCGGAAACGCUCGGGAGAGAAACUUGGCGUGUCUUACGAAACGAGAUUAAGAUUUUACCGGAACCAUCUAAAUCAGAUAGACCGAUGCACGUGAGCGGUCAUCCGGACGAGGAACUUAAAUCGGUAGUUCGGACACCUUUAUCGGCGGAUAAAUCGAGGUGUCAUAGCGGGCCAACUUUACCGCGGAGAAUUCAUCCGAGCAGCGUGAAAUUAAAUAUCGAGGGUCCUCAUAUGGACCAAUCGAAUCCCGGAUACAGUCGCAAAAUCGACGGAACUUUUUACAGUAUUUAAACACGGAUUUGGGCGGUGUUUGAGCGGCACGCUUGGAGAACGUUCGGAUUAAGCUGAAACCUGCAAUUCGCCGAAUGAAGCUCCCGCUUUUACAAAUACCAUUAUCGCUAUUGGCAUAAUCUGGCGAGAUUUACGUUUUAGAACCCCGAGAAGCAACGAAUCGUCAUCGUGACUGUAAUGUAGACACGAAAUUGAUCAUAUUAGAAAACUAUUGUUUACUUUACGAAAAAGCGUAUGAUUAAAUCGCGUCAAUUGUCGCCAUUAUUUCGUAACAUGAAAAAGUAUCUAUAAUCUAUGAUCUAUCGAUUAUCCUAUCUAUCUAUGCUAAUCUGAUCAUGUUGACAAAUUUAUCCAGUGGUUCACGAAUUUGUCUUAGCUAUCGUGAACGGAGAUCUCCCGAUUGCAUUUUCGCCCCUUUGACAAUUCGAGGCAGCCCGAAGAUCGGCAGAAGCGUGAGUCAGUGCACACCAACUUCUCACUGCUCAACUCAGCAGUGAGCUGAAGGGACAGAAUGUCCCAUUACUCGGGUAAUCCUUGUUUGUAAUAAACCAGCACCCCGCUGCCAGGUCGGGGUGACAGUGGAGCCACCCUCGCCGAGGGCUCGCGCGAAGGAGGAGUCAUCUCCGCACGCAUAUGCUCCUCAUGAAAUAUCAUUUAUGUUUCUCACCCCGCGCGCAAACGUCUAUCUUGCGACCCGUUUGACCCGGCUCGCAACCCUCCGAUAUCCUCUCUGCCAGGCCGGAAUAGGCAGCACGAUCCUUAUACAUACGUCUAAUCCGGCCAUGAUUGCCCCGCCGACCGCCUCGUCACGAAAACUCCACCUCGGCUAUGAGAUGUAGUACGCUCUACCCUUCCUCCGUCUGACCCUAUUCUUCUAGCGCCUUUAAAACACUUUUUGACGAACCUCGCAACGGUACGAGGUGAUGAAUUUUUUGCGCUCGUGCGCAAUUUCCCUUCAUCGUUUUUGUAUUAAAAGUUAACAGGGUUUCAGCCUUAUCGUGGAUAUACGGCUGUUACAAUCUACGUCGAAUUUAUUAUCUGCAUUUAUUACAGUUGUAUGCUAAUAUGCGGAUAUCUCGUUUAUAAUUAUUUCGAUUAUAAUAUCGUAAACUCGACGGUCCCGAUGAUGAUUUUUCUGUGGAUUACAUUGCGGCGCAUGACUAUUGACAAGGAUUCUUUUUCUUCUCAAAUACAAUGGUAGAGAAAGGCACCAGAGCUAUAAGGGUAGAACAAUCUCAGACGGUCGUCAGGCAACGAGCGAGGUUACCAGCCAAUUACUUGGCUGAACGGUUUUAUUUGUAUUUAAUUCUUAUUUAAUUUACUUUUUAUGGUCGUGCGCGCGCGUUUUGCCGCCGCCAUUAAGGAAAUGGAAGGCUUCUUCGUCAUUGCAAAUUAACGGCCAGUCACAGUCUAUCCUGUCAAAUGCAAUCAAUGUAGGUAAAAAUGCGAUCAAUUGCACGACAUGGUACUCAACAAUGGAAUUGACAGUUCAUAAACAUGUUAAAUUGCUACUGCAAUUUGUAAUAAAACUG